UAGCCACGCGUUAGUUUUGCAGCAGCAGGCAGUGUUACUAGACAUUCGGAGUGCGCGCCCUUCGCUCGCACAUUUACGGAGCCUCGUCGCAGCGAAGCUAGGCACCGCACGCCUUUUGCAGAAAAUGGCCAGCACGUCGAGGCGGACACGAAGCACCAACGUUCUCAAUAAAAAGUACAUGGAUUCGCUGGAGAAGCUGUGCGAUUGUUACCGUCCGAAGCGGCACGAAAUUGAACACCUUUUUCAGCUCUACUUUCGCCGUGCCCUGACAAGGAGAAGAGCCAAGCGUUGUUCCCGGGCUCGAUCCACCGCAGCGGAUUCUCCGUCCACAUCUCGUGAUACCCCGAGACGACCCGUCACGUUCAGUUAUCGUCGUAUGCUUGGCGGAUACUCGAUCUCUUUCAACGAUGACUACUCCCGGUCGUGCACGUUCCCGCGCGACCAACCUUGCUGGCUUUUCCGCGAGCUCGAGCAGUGGAAUUCCCAGCUCGCCAAGGGCUGCUUCGAGCUGCUUGCGCACAAGUGUUACGAAUUGGAGCUCGUGGGAUACAGAUGGCCCUCCUUCUACAAGCCGAGGAACGUGCACGUCUUUCGGACUGCGCUGCUGACUCACCUGCUCCUCAAGCGGCACAGUUGCGUGACCCGCGUAGUUGUCGACUUGGAAGGAGCAAAGCUUGAGCGCAGAAUGUUCUGGGACGCCAUGGCUGAAAGCGCCUGUGGCGUACUCUUCCUCGACUUCAGGGCCGACAUCUACAACGGCGAAUACCCCGUAGAGGAGCAUGUUGCAUGGGUGUCCUCGGUUUCUGUCAUGUUCAGACUUGUCUCCUUGAACCUCAGCCGCAUACUUUUCAACGAACAAGUCUCCAUCAAGCUGGCCCGGUACGUGAUGGCGACUACUGCACUGGUCAGUCUGUCGUUGACUGACAUAAUGGCCGAGGAGACCGCAAUCCCCCACUUCCUCGAAUCCUUGGCUCGAAACAAGUCGCUCAAGAAACUCUGCCUGCAUGAUGCCUUCUUAAGUGCUCAAAGCGGCAAACCACUCGCGGAUGCCGUUCGCGACCACAAGGCCCUCGAAGAACUUGAGGUUCGCGGGUCGGGACUGACUUCCCCGUCGGCCCUGCUGAGAGGAGCAGCGCAGAGUAAAAGUCUGAGAUGCCUGAACGUCUACUUCUGCCAGGCCAGCGUGGCAGACAUCAAUGAGCUGGCCGUUGCCCUAACUCGACGACCGCUUUCUCCGUCAAGUUUCGAGGGCACGUCGUCACAACCACUUACACCGACUAGCCGCCUGCAAAGGCUGGGAUUCUUCCACUUCGCCAAGUGCGACGACGAUUUGGAACGCGCCUACGCCUCCCUCAUCGGAGGUGUGCUACUCAGUCUCACGUUGUCCGCUUGCCACCUGACCGACACAUUCGGGAUGGCUGCGGCCGUAAAACUGCGCAAAGAUGGACGCCUGCUGGAGCUCGACGUGGCAAAGAACCUUAUGAAUCCUGACGGUAUCUACCCAAUGGUCCAUGCCAUGCAGGUCAACCGCUCUUUGGAAACACUCACCGUCUCGAUACUAAGCGACCAACCCGAGCAUCAACUCGGCCGCCUCUUCAGUCUCAUCAGGGCACUUGGCGUCUCUGCUCGCCUCCAGUUCCAUUGGGAGAAACCCCCGGGGCAUUUUUUUCCGGACCGUGUCCGCUUGAGUCGUCACUGCAACUGCGAGUUGGAUCUGGACCACUGCGGCGUCAACGACGCUAGUGACCUCUUAAAUACUCUAUCAACCAGUCGCCACAUCCGAAUCGCCAGUAUACACUGCACUUCCAUCUCACUGGAACCUGUGAUCGGAAAUAUCGCUGACGCAGUCCGCUCGGCCAUGUACCUCAGGCACUUGACGCUGAACGUUGACGUAAAAGAGCCCGAAAUGCUCAAACUGCUUGGGGCACUUGAAGGCAAUCGCACCGUCGGAAUUUUGGAACUCCCAACGCACCUGUUCAGUAAGAGGGUCGCCAAAGCAAUGGGCCGACUGGUCAAGUUCAACCGGACGAUCUACAGCCUCACCAUUAUCAUUGAUGGCGAAAAGAAAUCGUCCCAAAUGAGUAGAUUCUACCAUGAAAUGAAAUGGGCCGUUCCUCUCAACCGCUUCCUCAUAGCCGUGAAUCUGAUGCUCUGCAAUGUGAACCAGGCAACAAUGCUCGAAGUAAAGCAGACUCUCUGUCGUAACAUGAUGAAAGUCCACGAGGCCAUCCGCUUCGUCCAUGGCUCCAGUGAAGUCAGCCAUGCUCUUGCCUUCGAAGAUCUGGAACACACGUACUCCGUAGAGCACGUGCUGUCCCAUAACUACGGCCUCGACAAGACAACUGCGGCCGAGAAGGUUAUCGAGGCCCGUAGUAGGCUUCGUGUCGAGUAUUUCGUACUGACAGGCGUCGUCAGGGGUCGAGUAACUUGCGAGGGAGAGGGUGCGCUUCAGCCCAGCCUCAGCGACCUUAGCGUAAGCCUUCUCGCGUACAUUUGCAGUCACCUCUGCAUUGGUGACGUGAAGCGCCACUAAAGCUCGUGACUCGGACGUUCUCCCCUGGCACUUCAUUAGCCCAUUCGUGUGAACGAAUUAGGACCAUUGUAGCAUUACAGUACGUCACGUUCAAGCAUCGGAUGAACUCCGUGCAGGUUACGUUUUCAGUCCUCACCGGCGCUUGAGUGCGUCCGCUACAACACGAUAUAUGUCCUCCCUUGGCGUAAAGCCACCUCGUCACGAAAUACCCUUUGUUUGGAACUGUAGUUCUUCAUUUACCGACAUUUGUCGGUCUUUAAACCAUUCCUUAACGCCUGCAAGGUAUAGGACGAAAGCGUAGUUUACAUUUGCGGCGCGUGCUCUUGAAGAGCGAACUUCCUUCUUAUGGUGCAUAAGAAUGUGUUAGCACCUCUUCACCGUCCUAACGCUCAUAUGAGAACCAUUUUACUUUCAAAGUACUGGACUUAAUGUAUCUUAACACUCACUUUAGCCGUCCAUAUGUGGCCUUUUCGUUGUCGGUGUCAUACAUUUAGCAUUUUUUGUAAGGUUAUCGUUCAUGAGCCUAACUGAUACCUAUGCACCGGCUGUUCAGUUAAAUGUUCUAGCGUUAACGCACCAUUUUUUUUCCAGACACUUGUUUUAUUCUCCCUAAUCAAAGGUAGGAGUGCUCGUAAUUUGGAUGCAACUUGUACUUGCGGCUCUAAUAAAAGUAAAGUGCGAGUA